AUGUAUGUAUCUUUGUGUGUGAAGGUGAAGGAGCUAUAUCAGGGAGUGCUUGGGAAACUGCAGGUACUCCACCCACGCUCGAUCACCGAGGAGAGGAUCGGGGAGGGCUAUGAGAGGAUGAGGAGGGAGGUGGAGAGGGAGGUGUUGCGGAGGAAGACUCUUGCCUCACAGCUGAGGACUCUGCUCCACAGUCAGCUGCAGGUUCUGGGGCGAGAGCAGCAGGCCCAGCAGAGGGUCUACAGUGUGCUCACAGCUCAGCUCAGAGAGGGCACCAGAAUACUGUCCAAGGUUUAUAGCAACAACCACCAGCUAAAUUUGUUUCAGAGGCUGACCUCCCUGGUGGAGGAGAUGGGAGAGCUGGUGUCAGCAGAGUGCCAGCGUCAGGGGGCCUGGGGGUUUCUGGGUGAGGGUACAGGGGCCAAGCUGCUCUGCCCUGACACUGGAACUGUGCUGACCAAGGACCACGUCUUGGGUCCUGAUGGGUCUCUGCGUGUCUGUCGAGCGGUUCAUUGUGAUUCAGUCACAGGCCUCAUAAGGCCAAAUGCUCACAGCCAUAUGCUGCUGAGCGGCGGCCACACCAUGGCGGUGCCACCAGAUUUCUUCCUCCACCCACAGACAGGCAGGGUUAUGCCCAUAGCUGGCAAUGUGGCCUAUGAUCCUGCAAGCUCAACUUUAGUCUUCACAACUGACUCAUGUUCAGAAGAUAACAGGAAGUGGGAUAGUCCCCUCCUUCCUUUCAUCCCUUACCCGACCUCCUGCCACUCAGACCGGCCUCUGCCCAGCGCUCGGCUCAGAGGCCUCCGGCCGGGCCAGAGACUGCAGCUGGGAUGUCCCAUGGCAGACCCAGACACAGGGGUCCCAGUGCCCAUUCUGGCUGUAACCAUCCACCCCCAGACAGGACUAGUCUACCCACUGGGAGGGUUGCAUGUCUGUCCCCUCACCCGCCUGCCGCAGCCCAUACAGAUGGGCUGUCCCAUGCUGGACUCCAGGACGGGGGAUGUGGUGCUCACUGUCGGGGUCAGUCUAGAUCCAGUUACAGGAGCCGUGCUGCCAGUAGGUGGUAUUCUGCUGGCCGAGCCCUUCAUCGAACCUCUGAGUGGGCGGAUGGUGAGAGUGGGAGGGGCCAACAUACGGGCUGGGCAACUGCUGCCUAACGGAGGAGGGUACCAGGCCCUUCUAGACAGCAAGGUUCUGGCAGUGAUUUUCAAAGUAUUGGAGAUCCUGAAACCACUGACUGAGGAGUGGGGUUCAGACCAGACUUUGCAGCGGGUUCAGAGCAGCGAGAGAGGGAGCGGUCCACACCAACAUCUUCUCGCUGCAGCCAGUGAGCUUCAGCAGGCCUGGGGGAGGAGCCUGUACUCCCAGCUGCAGCUGCAGACCAGACUGUGUUUCAUGCUGGAUUGGACCGCAGGUCUCCAGCAGGAUGGAGGGAGUCUUGGAGAGAUGCCUCUUUUCGGUUCAGACAUGUCUGUACCAGCUCUGUUGGGGAUGGAGUACCCUGACCCUAUGGGAUCUGGUCUUAGUGUGCCUGUGCUGGGGUGUCAGACUGACCUUGUCUCUGGGAAUAUAACAGCGUUGGCAGGAACCAUGGAGGACCCAGAUGGAAAAGGACUAGUGGCCAUCCGUUAUGGAUCUCAGACUGUUGACCCAGUGACAGGCGUGUUGGCCCCCGUGGUUGGUGUCAGACUGGACGUGUCCAGAAAAAACGUUGUACCUGUCACAGCUUCCUAUUGGCUAACUGUGGCAGAUCAAACUGACAGUGUGCAGGUGGAGGCGCUGCAGAGAGAGGUGUGUGUGCGAAACACUUACUGGCAGCAGCAAAGGCAGCGAGAGGAAGAUAUUUUCUCUGAUCUGGACUCGACUCUAUUCCAGUGUCUCUUUAGAGCCAUAGAAGAAGACUCUUAUCAGGUUCAGUGGUCAGGGAGGCAGCUCAACGAAGCAGCCGUGGAACUGCAGGAAUCGGCGCAGAACGAGGCGCAAAGGAGAGUGGCUCAGCACACCCAGUUGGCUCUGAUCUUGCCUCCGCAUGUAUUAGACAUCCUCACACUGGGUGAUGAGCAGGAGUGGGAUCGGCAGUGCGUUUGGCACUCGGAGCUUGUGUCAGGCCUUGAUAAGCUUGAUGUGUGUAUGGAGCAGCUACAACAAGACAAAGAAAAAUGGACAACCCAUGGAGGAGACUGGAAUACACCCGUCCACGUUAUGGACAGAGAGCUGAGGCAGACAGAGUUGUGGGAGCAGUGUUGUUCCAGACAGACAGAGUUGGAGGUUGCUCUUAAUGCUCUGCACUUUGUCAGGCACCUUUCUCAGCUCCGUGCCGACACUGCGCAGGCAGUAUUAUGUGGGAACUUUUGCUACAAGGAAUACGGUCUGGUCCAGUGUAUUGGACGCACACCGACUGUGGAGGUCAGGGGUUUGCUUCAGCAGAUGGCUUUGCCUCUGCUGGAGAAACUGAACCAGCUCCUGGAAGAUAAACAGCCUGCCUGCUUCUCCCCCAACACCUGCAAUCAGCACAUAUCAGGUUUUCCAACAAAGAUGGCAUAUGGGUUGUACUUAGCGUCUAGAGUCUGGACAGCCUCUGUGCCUGUGGUGAAAGGAAUCUCCACCCAGUCUUUGAGGGAGCCUCUCCAUUUAGCUCAAUCCCAGGAUACUGUUCUGCACGCCAGCUCGACAACAGCGCACAUCUCACAAAGACACACCGCAUCUUCUGGCAUUCACUCCCAGGAGAGCCAGCCAAUGAAAGAGUCCAGUCAGCCUUCAAGAAGUAUCACUGUCCCCACUAUUCCAGAAGAGGAGUGGACCAAGCUGCUGGAGCUCUCUCCUCUGUUCCAGCUGUUGAAGGGGAUGGAUCUUCAGCUGAAGGGCUGGGCCUGUGGGGCUGGGCUUCUUAGAGGAGAGCUCUCAGACAGAGGCAAGAGUUUCGUAGACGUCCUGGAUGCUCAGUGGGAAUGUGAGGGAGAGCUGAUCCCUCUGGACCUUUCAGCCCUUAACCCCAGAGAGUUCCUGGUCUACCAACACGGACUAUUCCUGAUAGACACAUUGAAUAAUCUAAAACUGGCUCCAGUCAUUUCACUUCAGAUAGCAGCUAGUCUUCCAAACAACAACUACUUCAGCAACGCCUUCAGAAAUUCCUUCUUUUACCAGGAAGCCGAGCAGACGCUGUUUAUCCGCCGCCAGAGGCUACAGUCGGUCGGUGGAUUCUCUCUGCUGCUGCUCCACUGUCUGUCCCACAUCAAGAUUAAAGACAUGAGCUCUGACUCUAAUCCUGCCUUCCAGAGACUUUUCUUCAAGAUACUGCAGGCAUGUCUGGGGGAGUUGUUUCAGGCCAUACUGGGCUUGCCUUCCACUGGACAGGAAGCCAAUUUGAGUUUGUUUAUUCAGGACCAAGAGGCCCCUUCAGGAGUCUUAAAGUGGACACUUUCAGAUGUUCAUGCUGCCUCCUUGCUUUACAGGUCUCACAAACCAAGCAGAGGAUUGCUUUCUGAAAAUGAAGUGGAGGAUAUUCAGAGGAAACACAGAUAAGCGUCACUGCUCUCCCAUCUUGAAGGACUUUUAAGGGACAAGAGCUCUGAAGUGUAAGGGAAAUUCUUGAAGACAAAGACAUCUCACAAAACAUCUAUUCUUUAUUUUAAGCACUUCAGAGAUGAAGAAAAUGCAGUUUUUACACACAGAGAAGAAGACCUAAGGAUUGGCAGAUGUUUUACAGUCAAACAUUUAUCUCCAAGAAGACAGAAUAAACAUCCUUGCAUUACAAGAACUUCCUUCCUUCCACGGAGAAAAAAGCAUGCCACUGUGUGCUCAAUGUUUUAAGAACUCUUUUUGCAAGCAUUUUCCUUGAUUACAAAUAUUGUUUAAACACAUAUAUGUUACACAUCAUGAAGUCACUUUACCAAAAUGUAUGACCCGACAUACUUAUUGAUCAUUGCGACAAGUCACAAGGCACAGUUUACUCUAUAAAGUGUUACAAUCAGAAUGCAAAGUAAUAUUUGUCCCACAAAGGCCACA